UCACUCUUCAUUGUGCUGCUUCGUGUGUGAGUGUGCGUUUCAGGGCUAGCAGGAGCAGAGGUUAGGAUCCCCGGCGCUCCGUCCGUGAUUCAGAGGAAAAGAGAAACUCUUUGAAAUAUUUAGAUGAACGAGUAUAGAUUGCCAGUCGUUUUGUUUUGUUUUUUUCAAGCGUGAUGAGAGCAAUCAAGAGGGGACUUACGCACUGGGUUUGUUUUUAGGGUAUUGGUAGUGAGCAGCAGCACCCACCGGGGAUCGAACUCGCGGUGUGUCCGGAUCCCCGCUGCUAACAGAUGAGAAAAGCGGGAUAAAAGUUUCGUCCCGGAGCCAAGAUGAUCGCCGCGUUUUUCCCCUUGAAGAAACUGCGUCGGAAAGGCAAAUGUGUUCUUUUUGGAGCCAUUCUCCUGGUUGGAGCGUUGGCCGUCUACAAUGAAAUAGUUGCUGCUGGCAGGGCACCAUGGAGCAGUGCAAGCGGUUCAAAUCCUAAUGCUGAUGGCAGCAAAUGGGGGAGAGUUGUGCUCAACCAAGCGGGGAAAGGAAACGACAAGCCAGACUCAGUGGAGGAUUCAAAUGCCUGGAUCUCCAGCUACACUCCACAGACGUGGAAACCAGAGUUUAAGGGGCAGGCCAACCUCCAUGUGUUCGAAGACUGGUGUGGCAGUUCCGUCGCUGACCUGCACAGAAACUUGCACUUCCCUUUGUAUCCACAUUCCAGAACCACGGUGCAGAAACUGGCCGUCUCUCCUCAGUGGACCAACUAUGGGCUCAGGAUAUUUGGUUAUUUGCAUCCAUAUGCUGAUGGAGAAUUUGUGUUCGCUCUGAGCUCUGAUGACAACUCUGAGUUCUGGCUCAGCACGGACGCCUCCCCCCUCAACCUGGAGCCGCUGGCAUGGGUUGGAAAGACCGGCAAAGAAUGGACAGUCCCGGGUGAAUUCGAGAAAUACGCAAGUCAGACCUCCAAACCGGUUAGGCUGUCGGCUAAGAUGAGAUACUUUUUUGAAGUUAUCCACAAACAAAACGACAAAGGGACUGAUCAUGUGGAGGUGGCAUGGCAGCUCCAAGACCAAAGUUUCAAGUUUACCCUAAUUGAAUCCAAGCACAUCUCUCUUUAUGUUGAUGAGUCGAACCUGACGAUGAGUGACGUCGACCACAUACCACAGACAGCCGCGAGCCACCAACGCACCCCCGCGAAGCAGCGCAGCGCUGCAGCAGACAUGCUGAGGGAUGACCCAAGAGACACGUUCUACCAAGUGCCUCUGAUCAACAAGAAGUUCCUCAAAGGUGUUCUGCCUGACUGUUUGUACAAACCCAGCUACACAAUAAAAGACUUUCCUCUACUUCGUUACCAAGGACUCCAGUUUGUCCAUAUGUCCUUCAUCUACCCAAAUGACUACACUCGACUCACACACAUGGAAUCAGAGAACAAAUGCUUUUACCCUGACAGUGCCUACUACAAGGCGAUGUUUGGUUUCUCAAGAUACAUGAGAUUAGACCGCCCAAAUACGCAGAAGAAAGGAAACGCAGGGCGAGAUUUUAGUUUCCAGAGGAAGACAUCAGCUCAAGAUGAGGAGGACAACAUUGACAAUGAGACUUACCUGAGAGAGAGGGAAGUCGGGGCCGAGCAGACAAAUAAUGACCUUUUUACAGACAAUGGAGAUGAUUACGAUGAUUAUAAUCAGAAGCGCAGGCGCAAACUCUUCUCGUUGGUCACCACAGAGACUACUAACACCCUGGGUAACUUCUCAGAUAAAAGUCGAUGUCGACAGGACUCUCAGGCGUGGCGAGGAAGAGCCGUGGCAUCACAAACUCUGGAAGAACAAGUAAAAGUUGCAAACCCCUUACAGACGAUGCAAGCCUCCAAUCCACAUGUGCAAGAAAACAAGACGGAGUUGAAACAGGCAGCUCCAGUUAAAAAAGUAGAACAAAUCCAAAAGAAACGGAAAGUUGGGCCUACAAAGAGCAAAAAAGUCAUAUCAAAUGAGAAACUAGAGCAAACAAACUCAUCGGUGCUGAUUAACAAAGAGCAUUUUAAAACAAAUCAACAACCAGAGAUCCUGGGGUCUCAUAAAAGGAACAACAUCCAAACCCAGAAAGACCAACGUCAAACCAACGACAAGGAUGUGCUCCUACUUAAGAAAACCACGGCGGCCGAUUGGUGGAAGUUUGUAAAGGGAGAGGAGGAGUCCCGCGCGGCCAUCGCCAGGCGAAACUCCAACCACUUUAUCCGAAAAACAAGUGAAACAGAUUCCAAAAAGGCCCUCAGGAACAAAGAGAUUGAGAUGAAUAUGCCUCUGCAAGAAGAUUUAAAUAAUCCCAUCUAUAAGGUGACCGCUGAUAGAAAGAUAAGGAAAAGGUGGUCGGAUGUGAGAGGAGAGCCGGGUCAAGAGUGGGAGGAAAAGGGCGCCAGCAAGAAGACAGACUCGGUGGCCAGGGAGAGGAACUCUAUGUGGGAUCAACGAGGAGAGCUUACUGAAGGUACUGACGAUGAGGAGGAUUCUACCCCUGCAUCAGUGUUCGACACGCAGGUCAACUGGAACCAGACCUUCCAGGUGAGUCACCUGGAUCUUCAGGCGCAGCGCUCCGAUUGGAUCGACCUGGCCUGCAAUGUUUCUGGAAACCUGCUGCUCCGCCCCAGUGAUGCUUUGCCCAUAGUCAACGCCUUCAUGGAUCAACUUAAUGACAAACAUGAAGGGCGGUUCACGUUGGUCCGAGUCAUUAAUGUGGUGAGGCGUGUUGACGACUUCCAGGGCAGCCGCUACCUUCUGGAUCUGGAGCUGAGAGACGUCAACGGCCAACCGCUGCGUCUGUCGCAAUACAUCUACGUUCUGACCAGCCGCAGCAGGAACUUCGGCUUGCAGCGCUCCAAGCCUCAGAUGGUGCUGUGCAACCCGGUGGGGUUCCGCUGGAAUCCCUUGGCCACCGUUCACUUCAUUGUUCCAGUUAAAAACCAGGCUCGGUGGGUGCUACAGCUGAUUAGAGAUAUGGAGCAGCUGUUUAGAGAGACCGGAGAUUCAAACUUUAACCUCAUCAUCAUCGACUACAGCAGCACGGACAUGGACGUGAGGAAGGCCCUGGGGAAAUCCUCACUCCCCAAGUUCCAGUAUAUAAAGCUGAGUGGGAACUUCGAGCGCUCUGCUGGUCUGCAGGCUGGCAUCGAUCAGAUAGAUGAUGACCACAGCAUUGUGUUUCUUUGUGAUCUGCACAUCCACUUCCCUCCUUCAAUCAUUGACACGAUCAGGAAGCACUGUGUGGAGGGCUACAUGGCGUUUGCUCCUAUAGUCCUCAGGUUGGGCUGCGGCAGCACGCCGUCAGAGGCAAGAGGUUACUGGGAGGUUAAUGGCUUUGGUUUGCUGGGAAUUUACAAAUCGGACCUGAUUGCGAUCGGAGGAAUGAACACAGAGGAGUUCAGAGAUCGCUGGGGAGGAGAAGACUGGGAGCUCCUCGACAGGAUCCUCCAGGGAGGCCUGGAAGUGGAGAGGAUCUAUUUGAGGAACUUUUUCCACUACCAUCACUCCAAGCGUGGCAUGUGGAACCGGCGGAUGGUAGAAAACAACAGGUGACCUUGUCGGCUGCGGCCUCACCUUGACUCUGUCAUGGUUACGGCCAUGGCAGCUGGAGCACUUUAAGGACUGGACCGUGUCUCCAGCUGCGCCUUGCAAAGUACAUCGGCGUCUUCUUCGUUCACUCAGGUUUUUAUGAGAGGAGAAACUGCCGCUCAGAGUUAAUUUCACUGGAAACACUGCUGACUCAUUCGGUGCUGCUGAUUCUGUGGAGACGCUGCUGCGCUCGGUGCUGUCGCCUCAGACUCUGAUUUGCAUUACAGGCUGCAGAGAGCACCAGUCCAAAGGCAGCACUGAACUUUACAACACACACUCCAAUGAUGCAAACACACUCACACAUAAGUGUCCUUUAUUAUAAGUGCAGUCUUGCACUCGGGUUUAAACUGGAAAUAGUUUAGUUUUUCUUUGUGAGAAAGUGAAAAGACAGAUGAAUGUGUGAAGAGUAAAGAUAGCUUUCUAUUAUGCUGUAAAUAGCAGAUAAUGAAAUAUUUAUUAAAUCUGUUUAUCUGUGUGUUUUGUUUUUUGUUUUUUAUUUCCAGUCAGUCAUGUACGUUAACCUUUUGAAGAUCUCUUUUUGUUUAUCUUCACUGGAUGCCUGUUCUGCUCUGCUGUGACUCUGACAUUUAACAACUAAAAAUUGUUUCAACAAAAAAAAGUGAUUUAGGUAUUUUAAUUUUGUAAAUUUUUUUAAUUCCAUUUUUUAAAGAUGGUAAGAUGGCUUUUUAGAUGUUUUGCUUUGUUCAGUGCAGUAAUUACAAACAGAAAUGGAUGAACCGAGUUGUCUACCCUGCUGUUUACCAAAGAUGAGUUUUAAAAAAAAAUUGUUUGUUUCUAGACCAAACUUAAAUGUUGUAUUCUUGUUUAAUAUGAUGGUCAGGAAUUUGUUUUAUUUUAUUUAUUCGAAUACUGCAACAGAAUAAAGGUCAUUUGUGUCCAGGUUA